AUGGCAUCUAAAGCUUUUCUCUCAGAGGAUGAUUUCUCCUGUGCUGUAUGUCGUGACAUCUUCAAGAAUCCAGUGGUCCUGUUCUGUAGCCACAGCUUCUGUAAAGCCUGUCUGGAGGAAUACUGGAAACAGAAGACAUCUCGGGAAUGUCCAGUCUGCAGAAAGAAAUCAUCAAUGGAAUUCCCCCCCUGUAACCUGGUUUUAAUGAACCUGUGUGAGGCCUUCUUACAGGAUAGAAGUCAGAGAGCUUCAGCAGGGUAUGAGGUGCUCUGCAGUCAGCACAGUGAGAAACUCAAGCUUUUCUGUCUGGAGGAUAAACAGCCCAUCUGUUUUGUGUGUCAAACUUCAAAAAUGCAUAAAAGCCAUGACUUCUGCCCAAUAGAUGAAGCUGCACAGGAUCAUAAGGUAGGAGAUGUAUUUAACACUACUUGGCUUACAGCAUGUACUGCACAUAUUGUGAAAUGUGAAUAAAGAUCUGUGUGCCAAUCCACUCCUUUUACACACAGCAUCUGUUUAUAAUGUUGUUUCAUUCCAGGAGAAACUCAAGAUUGCACUGGAGCCCUUACAGGAGAAACUGAAGGUCUUUAGAGAAGUUAAACUGACCUGUGAUCAAACAGCAGAGCACAUCAAGGUAAGAAUACAGAGUGAAGCUGAGAUAUAAUUAUAUUGUAAAGAUUUACCAUAACUCUGUGGAGUUAUGGAUGAUCAAUUAUUGAUGAUAUAUUUGACAUUCCUCUCUGCUGUAUCCAGAGCCAGGCCCAGCACACAGAGAGGCUGAUUAAGAUGGGGUAUAAGAAGCUUCAUCAGUUUCUAUAUGCGGAAGAGAGAGCCAGGAUAGUUGCACUGAAGGAGGAAGAGGAGCAGAAGAGUCAGAUGAUGAAGAAGAAGAUUGAGGAGUUGAGCAGAGAGAUAUCAUCACUUUCAGACACAAUCAGAACCAUAGAGGAAGAGCUGGGAGCUGAGGACAUCUCAUUCCUGCAGGUAAGGACUAAUCUACCUCUGAUAAAUCAACUGCCCUAUCUAUUAUGAAAUAAAUAUUGUAGCAAUAUAUUCAUAUGUUUUAGAUUGAUUUUCUAUGAUCAAUACAUCUAUUAAUGUGUUAUUUUGUUUCCCUACAGAACUACAAGGAUACAGUGAAAAGGUAAGGGGACUUUAUUACGUCUCUCUCUUCUCUGGGGUUCUGUACCCAACCCCACACUAGUGUAACCCUUAAUUCAUGUUGUAGGUAUUUAACACUAUCUCCACCACCAAAAAACAACUGAAAACUAUUACUUGUGGUUUAAUGUCUCCUGGACCAGGAGAUGCAGCCAAUCAGUGAUGAAGAUUCACUCUGCCUCUUUUUUUGCUUCCACCCUCUCCUGACAUGAGCAGGUGCCCUUGGGAAUAUUAUUGCUUUCAAAAUAAAAGUCCCCAGGGUACAAAAUAACAGUGCCUCAAUACAUUAUGCCAAAAUACAAAUCAUAGCAAAAGUAAGGCUACAGUUGUGUCCCCCUACAAAAGGAAACGUCCCCAUUUCAAUGACAACUUGAGAACACCCUGUCAACCUGACAGAAAACAACUGUAGGAGGGCUGAGGCUAAUCAUUCUAAGUAACAAAGUCCUUUAACCUGGAAGGCUUUUGACUGUACGGCCACACCUUGUUGUGGCAGGGGCCUGUACUACAGGAGGUGGCCCGUUUGGUUCAGCAUCAUGUCUGGGGUUAGGGUAACCCUGGGCAGGUGGAGUUAUUAGAGGUAUUUCCUGAUCCCCAGCGGCAAUGGCCGGGGCAUGGACUAGCACACGGAAUGGGAUAGAGUCUGGCGCCCGGGCUGGUGGGCGGUAAGGCAGAGUCCCGGACAAUGAGGUGGGAGUGGGUCUAUGUCUUACUGGCCUGAUGUGACCUCUUCAUCACCUUGUAUGGACGCUUCCAUCUUUGUGCAAGUUUGUUCAUGCGCUGGGCUGAGUCAUCCAAGAAAUCCAGGUCCCAUUCCUUGUAUGGGCAAAAAAACACCUUUCGAUCAUGAUGAUGUUUCUGUUGCAGUUUUGCCAUUGUAGAUUGCUGGUCCGCCUCCUUGGGGUCGUGUGUGAGUCAUGUGGUCAGAUCCUGGGCAUAAGCAGUGGGUGUUGAGGGGGCUGUUUGUGCGAGAGAUGAGUUACCGUUAAACAGGACAUCCACUGGCAGACGAGGCUCUCUGCCAUGAGCUUGAAAGUAAGGGGUGAAGCCUGUACUCAAGUGCACACUUGAAUUGAAGUACAGCUCCACCUGAGGGAUAUAUUUGUCCCAUUCCCCACCGUACUGACUGAUGUACUUUGUAAGCUGGUCCUUCAGGGUCCGGUUCUGCCUCUCUACCAUGCCAACGCACUGAGCAUGAUAUGGCGAUGUGCGUGUUUUUUCAAUGCACAGUACUUUGCAUAAUUGUUUUACGAGGUCUGACACCAUUUUUGUGAAUGUAGGGCCAAUAACACAGUUUACGAGCUCUCAGCAAAGUACGCUCAGCACCUAAAUGUCCACUGAACACAUUUCCAUGAAGGAGAGUCAGUUGCUUUUGGGAUGAGUGCCUCUGGAAGCAGUGGCAUGUAUUCAUGGAUGCCAAGGGAAGCCAGGCUUCCCACCAAACAUGACCAAGAAAAACCAUACAAAAUAAUGUAUCUUUCGUCUCUCUGUGUUUCAUAAAUGUCCUUCAAUUCGCAAGAGGCUGAAUGUAUCUCACCGGAGAAAGCAUCCAAGCAAACGAAACAGUGCCCCUCUGUCUCUGUAUGUAUAGCCCAUCUAUCCUGACUUGUCAAAAAGAGUAUGACAUUGUUGCUGCCCGUAGCAUUGAAUGCAAGGGAAGCCAGGGAGAAUUUGGCCUCCCUUGAUAAAAAUAAAACGAUAAAUAGCCAAUCAGCGUUGAGCUAAACUGAGUGAGCUCAACUGUGAAUGGUCCUGGCACACCAAAAAAAAGUGUCAAAUGAAGCCAGUUUGGAUUUGGCUUCAAACCAAUCAAAUCACAUUAGAAGCCAAACGUCACAGACAGAAAACUUGACUUGUUGCAUCUCGUUGUGUAGUUGUCCUCCGGUGGCUAGCUAGCUAGCUCAAAUUGUCCCUUUCCUAAAUUAGCCUUGGAAAGAAAUAGGGACUUGAACUUAAAUCUCUGUACUGGCCAAUGAUUAUAACAGCGUUUCUGAUCCAUCCACAAAUCCAUACUUUGUGUUCCUGGCUGACAGGAUGGAAGUUCAACAUGUAGCUAGAUGUAGUUGGCUGGCUAAUGUUAACUAGCUGGCCUGGCGCAUCCUUGCCGAUGAAUGGAAGUUAGGCUAGCGAGCAAGUAUUUUAGCCAGGUAGCCUAGGACAACAAAAACUAAAAGCGUGUACUGUAUGACAGAGUCAUAGACUGUUCAGGCAACAUGAAAGAGGAGGAUGGCAUUGGUAUUUCUCUACAAGUAGGGUGAGUCAACAGGUUUUAUUCUACUUGCACGCACACGCACACACACACACAGAAAUCAGUAGCAUGGACCGACCCAUCAUAUUUAGCUUAGGUUGAUUGGACUAAAUCGUUUUUGGUAUCAUUUAGUUGUCAUCGUAUUAUACUAAGCAUUAGAUGAUGUUGAAAUGUUGAAGUUAAAAUGGUGCUGAAAUAGUGGAGGCAGCGCCUAUUUUCUUUGAGAAUUGCGAUAACUUUGAUCAUGCUGUAGGUCAUGUAACUGUUUGUUACAUCCAAGUUUUGUGGACUUCAAUGAACAGAUGUUGCUCUCUGGUUUUAUGAUGAAACCAAGGUGUGGUUGAAUUUAUUCUGUAACUGUGUCUUCUUAUUUUCUCGGCCUUUGGGACUAUAUAUCACUGUGUCAAUGCAUAUGAACUAACAGGUUAUAGAGCAAACAACGCAAUUAUCACAACACAUAGGUUUUAAUAUGGCCAUAACACAUAUUACAACCUCUGUGUUGUGAUAAUUGCGUUAUUUGCUCAAUAAAUUCAGUUAAUUCAUAUGCCUUGCGACCGUGAUAUAUAGGCCUAAAGGCCGAGACAAUAAGAAGACACAGUGGCAGAAUAAAUUCAACCACAACCUUGUUUUAUCACAAAACCGGAUAGCAACCUCUGUCCAGUGAAGUCCACAAAGCAUAUUGCAUGUACAGACAUGACCUACAGCAUGGUCAAGCAAGUUAAUGUUUCCGACAUAUUCGGAACACUAAACAACUAUUUAGAUUUAGAGCCACAGAGAGUUACCGCAAGUCACAAAGAAAACAGGAGCUCCCUCCACUAUUAUGUAAAAAUGUAUGCACGCAUGACUGUAAGUCGCUUUGGAUAAAAGCGUCUGCUAAAUGGCAUAUUAUUAUUAUUAUUAUUAUUAUUAUUAUUAUUAUUAUUAUUAUUACAGCACCAUUUGCUUAGUCUAAUACAGUGACAACUAAAAUAUAUCAAAAACUAUUUAGUCCAAUCAACGUAAGCUACAUAUAAGGUGGCUGUCCAUGGUUCUGAUUUCUGUGUGCGUGUGUGUGCGUGCGUGUUUGUGCAAGUAGAAGAAGUUGUUGACUCACCCUACUUGUAGAGAAAUGCUAAUACCAUCCUACUCUCUUUCAUGUUGACGAAACGGUCUAUCACUCUGUCAUACAGUACACGCUUUUAUUUUUUGUUGUCCUCGGCUACCUGGCUGAAAUGCUUGCCAUUGCAUUCUCGUUUGGACCAGACAGCAUCAGAUAGAUGGCCUACACGUAGAGAGACAGAGGGGCACUGUUUCGCUUGCUCAGAUGCUUUCGCCUGUGAGAUACAUUCAGCCUCUUGCAAAUUGAAGGAAAAUUAUGAAACACAGAGAGACGAAAGAUACAUAAAAAAUUUAUAUAAAAAAAUAUUGGUCAAUUGGGGAAGCCUGGCUUCCCUUGGCAUCCAUGAAUACACGCCACUGAUGGCUAGUGUCUCAGAAGUGUCUGAAAUAGGAGCAAGGUGUGCAGCGUUGUGUAGGGCCUCAAACGUAGGAAUAGGGGAGGACGAGGAGGUAGAGAAGGAGGCGCAGACACAGGGCUAAGGUGGGUGAUUAAACACUGUACCUCUUUGCUGAUUUCUGUGUGUUCAGGUCUCCGUGACAUGGCGUCUGCGUUUGCAUGUUGUUUUCCUUCCCUGUGUACCAUAACAUAGUCAUACACAUCCAAUUCCAAGAUCCAACUUCCUCUCCUUCCUGUGGGGUUACUAUCCCCUGGACAUUUCUUGAGGCAGACAAAAGGCUUGUGGUCUGUUAUAACUGUGAAUGAACUGCUGGACAGGAAAUGCUUAACAUUUCUGACAGCCCAUACAACAGCCCAUAAUUCAUGGUCAUAGGUGGCCCACUUUCUUUCUGAUGAUGAGAGGGUAUGACUGGUUUAUGCUAUGAUACACUCCCAGUUGUCUUGGCGAUGUGCAAGCACUGCCCUACGGCAGCCUUUGAUGCGUCAGUGUAAAGUAGGAACGGCUCUGUGAACACUGGGUGUGCCACAAUGGGAGGGUUAGUGAGAGCGUUUUUUUGUGUGUGAACUGCUUCCUCACACUCGGAGCUCCAGUGGAAUCUAAUUCCUUUCUUUGUCAGAGCAUUCAUAUGGAGCCACAACAGAAUCAACAUUUCUUAACACACCUUCUGUAGUAGGAGCACAAGCCUGUAAAGGCUCGCACUUCAGUAGUCGUUCUGAGUGUGGGCCAGUCCCUGACCUUGUCCAGGUUCUUCGAGUUGGGCUACAGGCCAUCCUUGGAUAUGACAUGUCCAAGGAACGUGGCUUGGGUGCAAGCAAGAUGACGCUUGGAUUGAGCUUCAAGACAGCCUUUUGGGACUGCAUGAACAAUUCUUUGAGAGUCUGUAGGUGUUCCAUGAAGGUCGUGUUGAAAACCAACAUCAUCAUCAAGGUAGAUGAGGCACACUUUCCAAUGUAGGCUACGGAGUACAAGCUCCACUAAUCUCUGAAAAGUGGGAGGAGCAUUUGUGAGGCCCAUCGGCACCACUUUGCCAGUCAUGAAGGCACUUUUCUCUCUGUCUUCCUCAGCUAGUUCAACCUGCCAGGAACCACUAGUUAAGUCCAUUGUACUGAUCCAGCAUGCACCUGAUAAGCUGUCCAAAGCAUCUGAUGUCCGUGGCAGGGGAUAUGCAUCUCGCACUGUCACUGCAUUCAACUUCCAGAAAUCAAAGCAAAAUCUGCUCUCCUCAAUAAGGUUGUGAACUAACAACUUUUCAACUUGCCUGUCCAGCUCUUUCCUCACCUAGGCUCAGUCCUAUAUGCACGCUGACGGAUGGGCGGGGAGUCUCCUGUGUUGAUAUUGUGUUUGAUGAGAUCUGUGUGUCCAGUUCUCCAGCUGCUGGAGCUACUCACUGUCCACUGGUGAGAGCUGGAGAUGAAGUUUUGGGAGAGCCUGUGGUUGUGCCUGCACAUUGUUCAAGGUGGUCUCGACUACAAUCUAUUCCUCAUCUCCCUGACUGACAAGAGAAUUAAACUCUCCUAGCAAGGUGUCCCUUGGGAUAUGACAGUCAUUAAUGGUGGUGUUAGAUACACGGAUGAAUGUGACACCUUUCUUGACUGAGGACACAGUACAUGCCACACACAGGUCUGGGAUGUUGCUAAGGUCAGGUUCAAGUAGCCCUAUGUUGUCAUGGUUCCAACUGUCACCAGAGGGCAGCAGAGACCGCCCUAGAGACUAUAAUGACACUGUUUUCAGUUCCUAAUUAUGAUUUUGUUUUAGAGAGGUGUGUUUUCUGUUACCCUUAGCAGAAGUUUGAUUCAUUUGCCAUGUGUGUUUGUCUCCUGAGUGAGUUAUCGAGUCAUAGUGUUUGUUAUUUUCACAAGUUUUACUUUGUACCUACUGUUGAACUUUUUCCCAGUCAAGUAUUUACGUUUAUUCUAAACCACUGGUUCCUCGUCUGGUUCUCUUCUCUGCUCCUGGGUCCUACCUCACCACGUCACAUACGUAGGUGGAGGACACUGACUGAAGCUCAGUUGGGGGUCCCUGAUAAUGUUCAUCUGGGACAGGGCGGGGAUGCACAGGGUAGUUAAAGUAACAGCAUUGCAUUGAGUGGGGCACUGUGUCUAGAAGACAACAAGGGCACAGUCCAAUCACACCAGUCUGUAACCCUUAUUCCUUGUUGUAGGUAAUUAACACUAUCCUCCACCGGAGGACUUGUGUGUUCAGCAGAAAAAAAUCAAACAAGGGUUAUAACUGAAAACUAUUACUCAGUCAUGAAGAUUCACUCUGGUCUUUUUUUUCUUCCACCCUCUCCCGACAUGAGCAGGUGACCCUGGGAAUACUAUUGCUUUCAAAAUAAAAGUCCCCAUGGUACAAAAUAACUGUCACGGAUUCUGCCGAAACUGCUCCUCCUCCUGGUUCGGGCAGGCUUCGGCGUUCGCCGUCCCCGGAGUACUAGCUGCCACCGCUCUAUGUUUCGUUAUUUGAUUGCUUUUGUCUGUCUGUUACACCUGUGUCCAUUUGUGUGUUGAUUACUUGUCUUAUAAGUUCCUUGUUUUGCACUAGACUGAUUGUGUGUUGUUAUGACUGCCACUUUGUCGGAGCUACGUGUUUGCACUCUGUUUUGUUUUGUGUUUAGUGUUUACGCGUGUUGCGUAAUUUUCCCUCGCCUCUUGGUUUUAGUCGAGGUCGGGUUUUCUCAUUUACGUUGGACUAUUAAAGUCUGUUGGACGUAACCUCUGUGUCCUGCGCCUGACUCCUCCACCACAUCCACAUCGGUUCUUAGUGACAAUAACAGUGCCUCAAUACAUUACGCCAAACUAAAAGUCAUAAAUGUAAGGCUACAGCAGCACUGACUCCUGAAUGUUUUUCCAGAGCCCAGUGCACACUGCCAGAUCCAGAGAGGGUUUCAGGAGCGCUGAUAGACGUGGAAAAGCACCUGGGCAACCUGCAGUUCAGAGUCUGGGAGAAGAUGCAGGGAGGAGUUCCCUACAGUGAGUAGGUCUUUUAGAUAUAAUGGGUAUUAAACACUAAGUGUACAAAACACUAAGAACACCUGUUCUUUCAAUGAUAUAGACUGACCAGGUGAAUCCAGGUGAAAGCUAUGAUCCCUUAUUGAUGUCACUUGUUAAAUCCACUUCAAUCAGUGUAGAUAAAUGGGAGGAGACAGAUUUAAGAAGUAUUUUUAAUCCUUGAGACAGUUGAGACAUGGAUUGUGUAUGUGUGCCAUUCAGAGGGUGAAUAGGCAAGACAAAAUAUUUAAUUGCCUUUGAACGGGGUAUAGUAGUCGGUGCCAGGCGCACCAGUCUUUGUCAAGAACUGCUGCAACGCGGAUGGGGAUUUCACGCUUAACAGUUUCCCAUGAGCCACCACCCAAAGGACAUCCAGCCAACUUGAAAGAACUGUGGGAAGCAUUGGAGUCAAGAUGGGCUAGCAUCCCUGUGGAACGCAUCCGACACUUUCUAGAGUCCAUGCCAUGACGAUUUGAGGCUGUUCUGAUUGCCAAAAAAUAUUAGGAAGGUGUUCUUAAUGUUUUGUGCACUGUGUAUAUUGGAACACCACUAUAACUCUCAAAAACUGAAAACAUAGACAGUGAAUGAUAUUUAGAAUUACCUUCAUAAUGUACAUUUGCUUUGCACGUUUUCAGAAGAUCUUCCAAUAAGUAAUGUGAAAAUAUAGAACACAAAACACAAACACAUCAUAUAUCAUAUAGAGGAAUGUAUUCCCCCUUGAUUUGAAUUAAUCUAGUGUUUUUGAUUUCUCUCCAUCCAGCUCCAGUAACUCUGGACCCCAACACUGCCCACCCACAUCUCAUCCUGUCUGAUGAUCUGACCAGUGUGAGAUACAGUGAUGAGGAACAGCAGCUUCCAGACAACCCAGAGAGGUUUGAUGGCCAUAUAAUGGUCCUGGGCUCUAAGGGUUUUAACUCAGGAACACACAGCUGGGACAUUGAUGUUAGGAAGAAUAAAGUCUGGGACCUGGGUGUGAUCACAGAGUCUGUCCAGAGGAAGGGAUACUGUGGAUAUUGGCAUGGAUCCUGGGGUGUGUUGUUUGGUGGUGGGGAUUAUAAAACACAUUUACCAAAGCAGCCACUCACUCACCUCACAGUGAGACGGAACCCCCAGAGGAUCAGAGUGCAGCUAGACUGGGAAGGAGGAAAGCUGUCAUUCUCUGACCCUGUCAAUAACACACAUCUACACACAUUCACACACACUUUCACUGAGAGAGUCUUUCCAUUCAUCUGCACUGGCUUUUCUCCCCUCCCUCUGAGGGUGUUACCAGGUAACGUCUCUGUAUCAGUGGAUACUGUCUCUGUCUAAAUCAGGGACUAAUGUGAUGUAAAUGAGUCAGUAACACUCACUGAUGUCCUUCAAUAAGAUUCUGACAGAGGGAGGACACACUGUGAUGUAGUAUAGAGGACCUUCCUCCUUUAAGAACGUUCCUGCUGUAACACUUUCACCUGUCAGAUAAUCACCACUAUUAUGGUACUAUAUUACAUUCAUCACUGUUAAUAUUGUCCUCUGUAGCUCAAUUGGUAGAGCAUGGUGCUUGUAACGCCAGGGUAGUGGGUUCGAUCCCCAGGACCACCCAUACGUAAAAAUGUAUGCACACAUGACUGUAAGUUGCUUUGGAUAAAAGUGUUUGCUAAAUGGCAUAUUAUUAUAUUAUUAUUAUUACAAUUAUUAUUAUUAUUACUACAAUAAUCACUAUUAUUACUACAAUAAUCACUAUUAUUACUACAAUAAUCACUGUUACUAUGCAAUAAUCGAUAUUAAUACUAUUUAUCUCACACUUUCACCUGUCAGACAAUAAUCUCUAACAUCUGACCAAAUUAUCCAAUAUUUUAGUUCUGGGUUAACUGAGAUUGGUCAAACUAUGGUAGUCAUCACUAUUAUAGAAUAGAAAUGUCACCUGUUCGUUUUUGGGUUUUCUUUUUACCACAUUUUGAUUUUGUCUCUGGUUAUGUUAACACUGGCAUGUAUCCCAAUCAACUUGGGCUACCUGAAAAAUAUUUGCCGUAUAGUGUUGUGGCCUUGGAGCAAGAUUCAGUUAACUAGUUUGUGAACACCAACACAUGUAACAUAUGUCUGUAGAGUGCAACAAAUUUUCAUCCAAUAAAAAUGUUAAAUUAUCUGGAGCUUCUUCCAUCAGUGUUAGGAUUAUGGGGUUAAAUUAAGAUCAGCUGCACACAUAUACUGUCUACACACACACACACACACACACACAAACACACACACACAUGCACGCGCACACACACACACAAACACACACACACACACACACAAACACACACACACACGCACACACACACAAACACACACACAAAUAUAGACACACACACAGAGAAUCCCGGGAGCUUGUUUGGGGAGUUGGUUUGUUGGGUUGGAGUCACCAUCUUGCUCUUGGCAGACUGAAUGUAAAAGCUAGUCCAAUGUAGGAGUUUCAGAUGCUGAAGUUGACUGCUUCGCACUUCCAUACAGUUGCUGUCCAUGGAGUUGAACUGACCAGAGACAUAGAUAGUCAGAAUUCAGCUAACAGUCAAGUCAAGUCAGAUGAGGAGAAAAAGUUGAUCAGUUUCUUUGGUAAGUUUCAUACGACUAGCAUUUUGAAGCGUUAAAAUCCAGUUAUAUUUAAGUAAACACUGACAUCUAGUGGAUAUGUCCUGCACAGACUCAAGCUGAUAUAAAUGACAACUUCUGCUGAGAGCUCCGCCCUACUCCUGCUUGACAGGAAGGAGCAAAGCUCACAACAGAACAGCACUGUAACAUGCAGCUAUUCAGCAUUCAGCUAAAUGUCUUGUGGUAGGACCAAUAAUCUUUGUAAACAAUCAAGAAUCAAAACAACAAUUGAAGACUAAGGAACACCGGCAUCAAAACAUAGAUUUAGAAGUUCAGACAACAUUUCAAAAGUAAACCUUCAGUUCAAAAGUCAUAACAGAGAGAUAAGUAGUGAGAAAUGGCAUCUAAAGCUUUUCUCUCAGAGGAUGAUUUCUCCUGUCCUGUAUGCUGUGAUAUCUUCAAGAAUCCAGUGGUCCUGUUCUGUAGCCACAGCUUCUGUAAAGCCUGUCUGGAGGAAUACUGGAAACAGAAGACAUCUCGGGAAUGUCCAGUCUGCAGGAAAAAAUCAUCAAUGGAAUUCCCCCCCGUAACCUGGUUUUAAUGAACCUGUGUGACGCCUUCUUACAGGAUAGAAGUCAGAGAGCUUCAGCAGGGUCUGAGGUGCUCUGCAGUCAGCACAGUGAGAAACUCAAGCUCUUCUGUAAGGAGGAUAAACAGCCCAUCUGUUUUGUGUGUCAAACUUCAAAAAUGCAUAAAAGCCAUGACUGCUGCCCAAUAGAUGAAGCUGCACAGGAUCAUAAGGAAGGAGAUGUGUUUAACACUAGUUGACCUACAGUAUGUGGGUGGCAGGUAGCCUAGCUAUUGAUAGUGGCAGACCCUGGCCCCACUCUCAUAGGGUGUCUCAGUUAGAGUUGGUAUAUGCAAAAAACACACUUGUCUAUGUGUGAAAUAGGAAGAAUAUUAGCACCCACCUAAUUAUUUUUUUUUUAUGUGCAUACAGUCACAUUUGAAUAAAGAUCUGUGUGCCAAUCCACUCCUUUUACACACAGUAUAUCUUUAUAAGUUGAUUCAUUCCAGAAGGAACUCAAGACUUAAUUGAAGCCCUUACAGGGGAAGCUGGAGGUCUUUAGAGAAGUUAAACUGACCUGUGAUCAAACAGCCAACCACAUCAAGGUAAGAAUACAGAGUGAAGCUGAGAUGGAGUGAUACUUUACACAUUUACCAUAACUCUGUGGAAUUAUGGAUGAUCAAUUAUUGAUGAUAUCUUUGACAUUCCUCUCUGCUGUCUCCAGAGCCUGGCCCAGCACACAGAGAGACUGAUUAAGAUGGGGUUUGAGAAUCUUCAUUAGUUUCUACAUGAGGAAGAGAGAGCCAGGAUAGAUGCACUGAAGGAGGAAGAGGAGCAGAAGUCAGAUGAUGAAGAAGAAGAUUGAGGAGUUGAGCAGAGAGAUAUCAUCACUUUCAGACACAAUCAGUAACCAUAGAGGAAGAGCUGGGAGCUGAGGACAUCUCAUUCCUGCAGGUAAGGACUAAUCUACCUCUGAUAAAUCAACUGCCCUUUCAAUUAUGAAAUAAACAUUGUAUUAGUACAUUCAUAUGUUUUAGAUUGAUUUUCUAUGAUCAAUACAUCUAUUAAUGUGUUAUUUUGUUUCCCUACAGAACUACAAGGAUACAGUGAAAAGGUAAGGGGACUUUUAUUAUGUCUCUCUCUUCUCUGGGGUUCUGUACCCAACCCCACAGCAGCACAGACUCCGGAAUGUUCUUCCAGAACCCAGUGGACACUGCCAGAUCCAGAGAGGGUUUCAGGAGCGCUGAUAGAUGUAGCAAAGCACCUGGGCAACCUACAGUUCAGAGUGUGGGAGAAGAUGCAGGAAAUAGCUCAGGACAGUAAGUAUUUAAGGGGUAUAAUAAGGUAUUAUAUAGUGUAGACCAUGACAUCACUAUGACUCUCCAAUACAGAAAAAGUGGGGGGGCUUUCCUAUUUUGUCCUCUAUUGCUCCUCUAUUGUUCCUCAAGCAAAGGGGGGAGGCCGAUGACAUCACAGUACACACAUCAGACCAACUCAUUGAAUGGACAACUACUUGAAGAUUGUUGUACACCAGAGGAACCCAUCCAACUUGAAGGAGCUGGAGCAGUUUUACCUUGAAGAAUGGGCAAAAAUCCCAGUGCCUAGAUGUGCCAAGCUUAUAGAGACAUACCCCAAGAGACUUGCAGAUGUAAUUGCCAAGGGGGGUGAAUGCCAAGGGGGGUGAAUACUUUCGCAAGCCACUGUACAUGACUGUAUAUGAUGCUAUGUGUUGUAUGUUUUGUGUUCUAUAUGUGAACAUUACUUAUUGGAAAUCCUAUUAAAACUUCACAUCUGUAAAUGUACCAUCUCCUUUUUGAUAAACACACUGAAACGUAUUUGAUGUUGUAAAGAAAACGGCUGUAAUUUAUUUUAAAGACACACUGCAGCUAUUUGUUUUAUUUUCCUGCUGAAAAACAAUAUCUCAUGUGUAAAUACAGUAAUGUUCACAGACUUAAAGGGGGAACAAAUAGUGUUUUUUAGACACAACAGAUAAAAACACAUGAUCCAAAUAAGCAAUUCACUCCCCUCAGAGUGAGACAGAACACCAAGAGGAUCAGAGUGCAGCUAGACUGGGAAGGAGGAAAGCUGUCAUUCUCUGACCCUGUCAAUAACACACAUCUACACACAUUCACACACACUUUCACUGAGAGAGUCUUUCCAUUAUUCUGUACUAUCCCACCUCUGGGGGUGUUACCAGGUAAGGUGUCUGAAUCAGUGACUAACAUGGUGUAA